GUCAAAACAGGAUCUACCUUGUCCGAUUCUGGACGAACUCGCCCUCUUCUCCGAUCAAUCUCUGUAACCUUUUUUUUCUUAACACUCAUCGAGCAGUUUCAUCGUUCUGUCCCCUCAAUCUUCAGAUUUUGGAAGAUGAUGAGCUUGAAGGCUACAAUCGUACUAUUAGGGCUGGUAUGGAGCUUCCAGGCAGCGAUAGGGAUUAGAUUCGUGAUAGACAGGGAAGAAUGUUUCUCCCACAAGGCUGAUUACGAAGGCGACACGCUUCAUGUCUCUUUCGUCGUCAUCAAGUCUGAUUCUCAAUGGCAUUUUAACGAAGAUGGUGUUGAUCUUGUGAUACAUGGACCCACAGGAGAGCAAGUUCAUGACUUUAGGGAGCAGAUUAGUGCAAAGCAUGACUUCGUUGUCCAAAAGAAAGGGGUUUACCGUUUUUGUUUCACUAACAAGUCUCCUUAUCAUGAAACCAUUGACUUUGAUGUACAGCUUGGUCACUUUGCCUACUACGAUCAGCACGCAAAGGACGAGCAUUUCACUCCCUUGAUGGAGCAAAUAUCAAAGUUAGAAGAGGCUCUUUACAACAUUCAGUUUGAACAACAUUGGUUAGAGGCUCAGACCGAUCGUCAAGCCAUUGUGAACGAGAGCAUGAGCAAAAGAGCAGUAUACAAAGCUUUGUUCGAGUCAUUUGCAUUGAUCGGUGCAAGUGUCCUCCAAGUUUAUCUUCUGCGUCGCUUGUUUGAACGCAAACUCGGCAUGUCUCGUGUCUAAAAAGCAUUCGAGUCUAUAUUCUGGAAGCUUUUGUCUUUAGCCCCCCCCCCCCUAAGAACUUAUUUUGCCAAUCAAAAAAUGUACCAGAGAAAUCUUUUUUUACUUAACUUCUUUUACAGACACAAUCUUAGUUCAUCAGAAGAUUCGUUUGUUUCUAUGUUAAAGAAACUACGAGUCUUUUUCUUUUUCUGUAUUAACGCAAAGCUUCGGUAGCAGAUGGUUAUAACCAUGAAUAUGUGAUGUGAAUGACCCUAAACUACGGCAAAUGUCUUAUUUUUGUAUAAGUUUCUCCGCUAGGCUUUGGUGCAGACUCGUUUGCAGUGUGAAGAUUUG